AUGCAGGCAAUCCGACAGCCCAUGCGCUCUGCGCUCUCCAAGGCCGCGACGAGGCAGUAUGCGACCAGCUCGUCGCAGUAUGCGGAGACGAUCAAGAACCUCCGCAUCAACAGCGAGACGAAGGUGCUGUUCCAGGGCUUCACUGGAAAGCAGGGAACCUUCCACGCACAACAAGCCAUCGAAUACGGCACCAAAGUUGUCGGAGGCACCAAUCCUAAGAAGGCGGGCACCCAGCAUUUGAGCCUGCCCGUCUUCAAGAACGUGGCCGAGGCCAUCAAAGAGACACAAGCCACGGCCACGGCCAUUUUCGUCCCACCGCCAGUCGCUGCGGCGAGUAUCGAGGAGGCCAUUGCUGCAGAAGUCCCUCUGAUUGUGACCAUCACAGAAGGUAUUCCACAACAUGACAUGGUUCGCAUCACAGACAUGCUCAAGUCGCAAAACAAGUCUCGCAUGGUUGGACCCAAUUGCCCUGGUAUCAUCGCUCCCGGUCAAUGUAAAAUUGGUAUCAUGCCUGGCUUCAUUCACAAGCGCGGCCGUGUCGGUAUCGUCUCCCGCUCCGGAACCCUCACAUACGAGGCUGUCAACCAGACCACCCAAGCCGGACUUGGCCAAUCGCUUGUCGUCGGUAUUGGAGGUGACCCCUUCUCCGGAACCAACUUCAUUGAUUGCUUGAAGGUCUUCCUCCAGGAUGAGGAGACUGACGGCAUCAUUAUGAUUGGAGAAAUCGGUGGCUCGGCUGAAGAGGAUGCCGCCGACUUCUUGAAGGAGUACAAUACUGCCAAUAAGCCCGUCGUUAGCUUCAUUGCUGGUAUCUCUGCGCCACCAGGCAGGAGAAUGGGUCACGCGGGUGCUAUUGUCAGUGGUGGAAAGGGCGACGCUAAUUCGAAGAUCAAUGCUUUGGAGGCUGCUGGUGUCGUUGUGGAGCGCUCGCCCGCCAAACUUGGUUCCACCCUGUACGAUCAGUUUGUCAAGCGCGACUUGAUCUAA